AUGUUAAAUGAAAUAAAAAAUAUUUAUAAAGAAAUACAAGAUUUAGAUACCAUUUUUAGAGAAUACAAAAAUGUAAAAACUGCAUUAAGAGAUUGUGAAAAUGAAAUGUCUGAAAUAGAAUUAAAAAUAGAAUCUAAUGAAAAACAACUAAUUCAACAAAACAUUGAUAAAUUAGAAAUUGAAUAUAUUAAUAUUAUAAAUGAAAUUAAAAAAAUAGAUAUAUGUUCAAAAGAAUGUUACAAAUUAUCUGAUAUAAAAAUAAUGUUAGAAUAUAUUACAGAUUCUGAAAUUUUAAUGACAAAGUGUAAGAAUUUUUUAAGUUCUUUAAUAUAUGAUAUCUAUAUUACAAAAGAUAACCUUAUCAAAUAUUUUAAUCCUGAAAGUUAUUGUAAUGUUAAAUUAGAUAGUAAAGUGUAUAAAAUAGUUAAAAUAUCCAAUGACUUAAAUGAUCUUUUCGAUGUGCUUAAAGAUGAAAACCAUUCUGUAAUACGAAAUAAAUGUUUACAUAUGUCAAAAAUGAUACUUGAAGAUGAAUUAGAAACAAUUUUACCUGGUGAAUUGUUAGUUUAUUAUGAUUUAACACAUUUUUAUAUAAUUUUUGAAUGUUUUGAAGAUUACGAUUUAAAUGAAGAUCAAUAUUUUUCAUCUGUAAGUUUUGUAAAUCGAGAUUUUUUAAGUAACAAAAAAAACUUAAAAAAUAUUUUUUAUGAAAUUUUUAAAAAUAAUUUAAUAACAAGAUUACUCGAAAAUAGUGGAAAAAAUAAUUUUUUAGUUGAUACCAAUGAUUUUUUUAAAAAUACAGAAUAUUUUAUUACAGAUAUUAAUGAAUGGAUUUUAGAUUGUUUAAUGAAAGAAAUAAUUAUAAUUUCAAAAUCGAAAAAAUCUGGAAAAUUAGUAAAAAUUAAUAAUGAAAGAAUAGCUUCUUUGACUAAGCAAAUUGAUCCAAAAUUUUUACCUGAAUAUGUUUCAGAUGAACUAUUUAGAUUUUUAUUGUGCAUGAAUAUUUACAAUACUAUUGAAUCAAAAAGAUUACCAAAAGCUUUAAAAAUAAUAGAACGAGCUUUAUUCAAAAUGAUGAACUAUGAAGAUACUUUUAUAGGAUUUACAGAUUCUACAACCAUUUUAAGAAUAUUUCCGCACAUGAAAAUAUUGCCACAAAUCUCAGUUUUAAGAGAAAAAUAUUAUUGCGAAAUUAUAAAAAAAUCUACAGAACUAACAAUAAGCUUACAAGAUUCACUUAUGGUUCUAAAAGUAUAUUUUAAAAGCAAAUAUUAUGAUUUUUUAGAACAAGUUAAAAAAUUUGUACCCAAGAAUAGCCAGUUAUCCUUUGAAAUUUCUUUUUUUAAUUUGUUAUAUACAAAUAUUACAGAGAAUAUAUUUUGUAUAAAAUAUCUUACAAAUGAUAAAGUAUCCGAUAUGUCAGAUUUGUUAAAAUAUUUAUUGGAUUUGUCAUUUAAUAUUCCUAAAGAAUGUAUUGACAUUUAUCCUAAAUUUAAAUCAAUAAGUACUAUAUUUUCUAGUGACUUAGAAAAUUUGAUUUCUAAACAAAAAUCAGGAACAAUUUUUUUGUCGAAUGAAGAGAUCAAACUCUUAGUCACAUUACUUUUUAAGGAAUCAAAAACUAGAAAUAAUUUUAUAAGAUACUUAGAACUUUAA